AUGUUGGCUCUUACAUUAUGGUCGAGUUUGGCGGACUCCUACCCGAAGGUAGUGGUGAGGGACUACAAUGUCUACUUGGUUACUGAGAAUGGUUCUACUACUGCCUUAUCCAGCACGGGAACGCAAAGCACGCCAUUCGACCACGCCAAUGUUUACAAGUCACCGGACGGCGGAUUCGCUGUUGUCCAUCAGAUUGAAACGUAUGGCCAAAACCGCACAAUCACAGUGAUCGAUUCGAGCCCUGAUGAUCAGCGCCAUCCAAGACCGGUAGUGUUCUCAUACGACACGCAAUACGCCAGAGGAGAGCCGCACACCUACGGGCCUUCAAACUACUUGGCCGGUGAUGAUCUACCGAUCGUCCAUCCUAAGCUCUUUGACUUGACCACGGAGAAACAAAUUGAGGUCAGAAAAGACUUCAUCGACAAUCCGUACAUGAUAGAAGAUGCCUCGUGGAAGUUUCGAGACAACAAAUACCGAUACAUGUACUACGAACGAGGACUACGGCGAAUUCGAAUGGUAGAGAUCGAUGAGAGUGGAGAAGCACGAAUUAUCAUGGAAGAGACGGCUGAACAAUAUAUUGACUACUACACGAAGCCAGCUUGGGUGUUUCUAGACAAAACAGAGCAGAUGGUGUACCUGAGUGAAGCUGACGGUUACAACCAUGUGUACCUCAUCAACACCACUCGUAUCGAAGGAGGUAACCCUGGUAGCGUAACUAUAACGCCGUCGGGUCAUGGAGAUAUGGUACAACAAGUCACCAAGGGGAACUUUUCUCCUACGGUAUGGUGGAUGGGCAAGACCCCUACUACUUAUAAACACCAGGCUCGUGUCAACUAUGAUGGCACUGGCUUCAAGGUUUUGACAGCUGAUGGGGAUGGACACCAUAACCUCAAAUGGCUAGAGAACAAUACGUUCGAGGACAGAUGGUCUCGCGUAGAUCUGCCCCUCAAAGGUGCCAUCAGAGAUGAAUACGGUGAGAAGAUCGGCACCCUCGAGGUCAACAGCACCGUCCAUGAUAAUAUCACAAUUCCUGAAAGAUUCAACACCGCGGGACGGGAUGGAACUACUCAAAUUUACGGCAUAAUCGUCAAGCCGAGACAUUUCAAUUCGAGCAAGAAGUACCGCGUGAUCGAAAACAUCUACAGCGAAUCAAUACUAAUCAUACGCCUCGUCGAUAGUUUCAAUGUACCCAAAGGACUCAGCGAGGAAGUACAGUUUUAUCUGGCAAGGCUCCAAAACCUAUCGGAUACACAUGCAGUGGUAGUUGUAGUCAUUGAUGGCAUGGGAACGAACUGGCGCGGUAGAGCUUUCCAACACUUCUUCUACAAGAAUUUCAAAGACUCUGGUUUCGAAGAUCGGAAGAUCUGGAUAAGAGCAGCUGCCGACACGAGGCCAUGGAUAGAUUUGUCUGGUGGGGUCGGGAUCUACGGUGUUUCCGCCGGGGGUUUUAACGCAUUGGCUGCGCUGCUAUGGCAUGGCGAGUUCUACACCGCUGCAAUCGCUGAUAGUGGGAAUCAUGACCAGCGUCUUGCCAACGCUGAAUACGGUGAGGUCUUCAUGGGAUGGCCGGUCGAUGACGCUAUCUACGACGCGAGCUCAAACGUGGUGAAUGCACAUCGGCUGAACGGUUCUUUGCUGCUGCUUGCUGGCGAGCUGGAUGACAAUGUCGAUCCAUCGUGCACAUUGCAAGUUGUCAAUGCCCUGAACGCGGCAGGGAAGGAUUUCGACUUCAUGCUUGUGCCAGGUGCUGGGCACGGUGUCCUGCAUCUGCGGGACGAGAUCGUUCAACUUGGGAAAAAGUUCAACAACUUUUGGAAGAAUUGGUUGAGCUCGACGUGA